AUGAUACGACGUCUUUGUUUCGUUGUUCUAGCAACUGUCGCGAGCACAGAACGUGCUUGCGAUAACGGAUGGCUACCCUUCAAAAACCAGUGCUAUUGGUUUUCAUCCGGUUCCGAUAUUUUUCAUUAUGCCGUGGUUAUUUGUUCCAAUAAGGGGUCAAAUUUGAUUGAAUUAAAAACCGCAGAAGAAGAAAAGUGGGUGUUGCUUCAAAGUCGGAUACGCCCAUGUGAUAACGGAUGGUUACCCUACAGAAACCAUUGCUAUUGGUUUUCAUCAAAUCCCGCAACUUUUCAUUAUGCAGUGGAUACUUGUUCCGAAAGGGGAUCAAAUUUGAUUGAAAUUAGAGAUGCAGCAGAGGAUAAAUGGGUGUUGCUUCAAAGUCUGAUUCGCGGUUUUUCACAGGUUUGGAUUGGCCUUACUGACAUAGUAGAUGAGGGUAUAUACGUGUAUCCGUCAGAUGGCGCCAAAUCGGUGUUCCUUAACUGGAAUAUCGGUCAGCCAAGCGGCGGCGCGGGAGAGAACUGUGCUGCCAUAAGAACACCAUUUCAGAAGUGGCACGACUUUCCGUGUAGCAAUAAUGUGUCCUACAUUUGCAAAAAACCUGCAAAACACUUUGUAAACCCAGAAAUUUUCAACAGUAUAUUGGAUUUGUAUCGGUCAGGAGAACUACAUUUUCCGUCCAAUUUCUGCGGUGCUACGAUCCGGAACGAAUUGGAGUUCUGGGAGAUUGAUAAGAAGUAUGUGAGUGAGUGCUGUCUUGCGUCACUGUACAGACAUGAUGACGACAUAGAAAUUCUGAAGGAAAUCAAAAAUCUACAGAAUGGGAAAUCCCUAGACAUCCCGAAAGAGGAAUGCCGGGAGGGCUGCUGGCGUGACUGUUUGUGGAAGGUUCUGCAGUACCCAGCCACCUCGAGGAAAGCGAGUGUGUUCAACAUCGUUUACUUGCUGAUGGUCUUAGUUUCUACCACUGUCUUAUUCCUAAACACAAAACAGGACCUACGUGAACCAAAGACAGCAGUAAGCAACCAAACUGGCCUUGACCCCAAAACAGACAUGUACGCCCACACGUCCGUCCCGUGGACGCUUUGGGUCAUUGACGUCAUAUGCGGCAUAUUCUUUACGUUGGAAUUUUUCAUCCGGGCCACUGUCACGCCAACAAAUUGUAGACAGUUUUUCUGCUCCGCGUCGAACAUAGCUGAUGCGAUAGUCAUUGUCUCGUUUUGGAUAUUUCAUUCGUUGAUGCAUAUUGGAUCAAAUCAAAUGGACAGCAAAUCUUUUACGUUGGUAUUAAUGAUCUUUGCGUUUCUACGGUUGCUUCAACUUUGUCGAUUUUACCGGUUUUUGAAUAGGUUUCAGAGUUUUGACGUAAUAAAUUUAGCUGCGAGAGCAAGCUUUAGCCAAUGCAGCAUCCUGAUUGUUGUUUUUGCACUAACAAACUUAUUUUUUGGAUACCUGGUAUAUUAUGUUGAAUUCUAUGAACGAAGUUCUUUUGACAAUGCACUCGUCGGAAUCUGGUGGGCUGCUGUUACCAUGACAACAGUGGGAUAUGGUGACGUAGUACCCACGUGGUAUCCUGGACGUAUUGUAGCAAUUUUCUGUGCUCUGACAGGAAUUAUCAUCCUAGCUAUGCCCGUCGCUAUAGUUACAUCAAAUUUUACUGUUUAUUACACAAAGCUAAAGCAAUACUCAAGUCACAAAUUAACGGAUAAAGACAAAAGCGUCAACGAAAGUAAAGUGAAGAUUAAAAGAAAUAGUAUUUGUAAAAGUAUCGCACCUAUGCCUGUUCUUACUGUAAAAUCAGCCUAGGAGAGAAUUUAAUUAUCAAGAUGUUUAUAUGUACAACUAUAGCACCACUGAAUGCCAGCUCUUACUGUAUAAUCAGCAUAGGAAAUAAUUCAUUCAUUAAUAUGUUAACUAUCACAUAUACUUAAAUAGAGGCCUAAUAAUUAUGUGAUACUACCAACUGAUACUUAAAGAAUAACUUUUUUUGCAAUUUCAAAAUUGUAAACACAUUAUAAAAUUCUUUUGUAAAUGCCAAUUCUGCGAAAACGUAACAUCAUUUUUAUGAAAUGGUAUAUACAUGUAAUAGCAUUUAAUUUUAACCAUCUAACAUCAAAUAUAUUAUGUAUGAUGUUAUUUUAGUUCCCGAUUUUAAUGGCGGUUUUUUUUAUUCUAUACAAUUAAAUCAUUUUAU